AUGCCUGGUUCUGGCAUAGGUCAGGAUGACUUGGCCAUAAAGCAAGAAAAGAAGCUGCCCAUCCACCAAAGGAAAGACUCCUAUCAAGAAGAAGAGCAAAAUCUCUCAAGAAGGAAUAUGGAGGGCCCGGGUGAUAGAACAGAAGAGAAGUUGAUGUUGGAGGGCCGGAAAGAUGCCUAUAUUCGUCUGCCAUCACUGGAUCAAGAACCAAACCAGUACCUUCAGUCACUUCAACAAGAAACACUGCGGCCAACACUCUCUCCAAUCUAUCCUUGGAUUUCACCGCCACAAGCAUUGCCAGGACCAUAUGAUGCGCCAUACUACCCACCUCCGCUACCGACUAUCAAGACCGAGGAGUCACUCCAGAUCGAGAACCAUUCGCCAACCAUCAAAAUUGACGCCAUCUCGGAUGACAUACCCGAGGAGCUAGAAACUAUCUCAUACACCCGUCGCGUCUCAGCAAACAGCGUCCCAGACUACGACUCACUGCUUGAAGGCACAGUCACCGUCUCGAACAAAGGCUGGCGACGAACUCAAUGGACGGUCACCGCAGGUUGA